AAAUGUAACGACAUUUCACUUUACGGCAGUUCUCGGCCUUCCGUUUACCCAGCUAAAAGCGUUUUUUAACGCUAAACGUUUGGCAAUAAUUUGGUCAGGAAAGCGCCGAUAUUCGCUUAAAUACGAUGGGAAUAGAGGAAGAAGCGGACCGCACGCUUUUCAUAAGAAACCUAGAUCAAAGAGUGACGGAGGAGCUUUUGUUUGAGUUGUUUUUACAGGCAGGACCUCUUAUUAGAACCAAAAUUCCAAAAGAUCCGGAUGGAAAACAGAAAACAUUUGGGUUUGCCGUGUACAAACAUGAAGUGUCCGUUCCGUACGCCAUGCUGCUACUAAACGGGACCAUGGUGUUUGGAAGAGCUAUUCAUGUACAGUUCCGAUCAGGUAGCAGUCAUGGCAGUUUGGGAAAUUCAAACAAUUCCAGUCCUGCAAAUACCCCAAAUCCCCAUGGCCAUAGGACUCCAAACCAGUUUGGUUCUCCACCCUGUACCCCUCCAUCCCAAAUGCAGAGGUCUUUUUCAUCAGCCGAUAACCUACAGAAACAUGUGACGACGAACAACAUGAUGUGGCAGCUUCACAUGCAGCAGCCUGAGCAGCUGAGUGACGCCUUCUCCAAGUCGCUGCAUAGACAAUCUCCUGCAGGUGGAAAUUCAGGCAGAGGUGGCUCAAGGCAACAUAACACACCCCAAUGGCAUCAUUCGCCCCAGGUAAACAGUGGUGGCAGAAACCAUCGUUAUGGGGAUGAGCCAGGGCCUGGUCGUCAUCAGCAGCACAGCCACACACGGGAUAACUAUUACCACCAGAAUGAUAGAAGCAGCAAUCGUCACCAUGACAACAGAGGUGGCAACAGACAUUAUGAUGACAGGGGUAGUAACCGUGGCUACCAAGACAAUAGAUGGCGGCGGUACUAAGUAUUUCUGUAAAGACUUUGGUUCUUCACAAACUUGUGAAAACAAAGAUUCUUAUGUUCACAAUUGUACAAUGAUACUCAGGUUGUUUAUACAUGAUUCUACCACUUGGAAACUUUACACGCAUGAUAACAUAUGCCUUAAAGACAUUUUUAUUUAGUUAUAAGGCAUUUUUAAAUUUGUGUAAUACUUCAAAGUGAUUUUUUUCACAAUGAAAAUAAUACUGUCAACAAACCAAGGGCAAAAAAGCAGACAUUGUUGGUAGUCAUUUUCUGGAACACAAAAAAGACAUAUUUAAAAAAAAAAGAUGUAGGGUUUUGGAUAAUUUUUAUGUUAUGCAAACAGUCUUUUAAAUGUGAUUCUAGAAUUUUAAAUUCUUCAGGUAUUUUGAAAAAAACAAAAUGUAAAUUCAGCUAAAGGUCCACCAGCACCACUUUGUACUGCAAUAGGGCUCCAUUGUGUCUUAUUGUUUGAUCAGAUAACUUUGUGUUUUCUAAAAAUGAGCUUUAUUUUUAUUUUUUAAAUUUUCAAUCUGUAAAUCAAACCUGUUUUAAAGUGACCAUUUUCAUUCUUAUAAAGCUCCCUUUCUUUGAUA